AUGAUAUGGCCUCCCUACCGCUCCGUGCCGGGGCCGAUGGCGCGUUCGGACACGGGCGAUCGGGCGAUCCGUCGUCGCGGCGGUAGCACGUCGUUUCCUUUACUUGUGCUUCUCCUUGUACUUGCUAGCGUCGACCUGUCGUGGCAGCAAGGAGAUCCGGUGUCGAACUUUUGCAGACGGUUCGGACACCAGACGACAAUUGUUGAUGAAAGGCUUUACAUUGAUGGGGGGUUCUUGAAUUAUAAUCCUCUUGAGCAGUUCCCGGAGAACUAUACAAAUGACUACCUUUUCUUCCACGACCUCUCCACAGUCGCCAACUCGGGCAUGCCCCAACUCUACGCCAACCUCUCCAAAAACCGCACGAUCCCCAGCCUCCACGGCGGCGUCCUCUGGGGCGAUUCGGUCAACAAGCGCGUGUACCAGUUCGGCGGCGAAUUUCCCGGGCGCGACCUCACGACUCCCUUUCGCGGCAUCUACGCCUACGACAUCCUCGAUGACCAAUGGGAUUUCUUCGGCCUCGAUCACGUCUCGCAGCCGGCUUCGACGGUCAUUUACCGCACGAGCUACGGCGCCGGCGUCGCCAUCCCCGAGCGCGGUGAGGGCUACUAUUUCGGUGGGUGGAUCAGUAACCGGUCGGAACCGAACUGGGGCGCUACGCCUGUCGCGACGUCGUAUCUUGUCAAGUAUGAGAUGGAUAAGAACUUGUGGACGAAUAGCUCAGGCCCGGCGGAUCGUGUGGGAAGGGCCGAGGGGAGCCUCGUCUAUGUGCCCGCGGGCGACUCCGGGAUGCUCGUGUACUUUGGGGGCGUGCGGGAUAAGUUUGGGAACGGGACCGUGAUUGAGGGGCAGCCGAUGGAUGAGAUUUUGUUAUACGAUGUGUUGAGCUUUAAGUGGUAUACGCAGAAGGCGUCGGGGACGAUACCGGAGAUGAGGAGCCGGUUUUGUUCGGGGGUUGCGUGGGCAGACGACCGGUCGUCGUAUAACAUAUAUAUAUAUGGCGGCGCGGGCAUGCCCCCCAACACGGCAGGUUUCGACGACAUCUACGUUCUUUCCCUCCCCACCUUCACCUGGAUCAAGCUCUACCCCAACGACACGACCUCCAGCACCGGCGAAUACCCGCACCACAGCCUCUCCUGCAACGUCCACCUCGACGGGUCCCAGAUGCUCAUCAUCGGCGGCAGCUUCCCGGUCUCGGACAUGUGCGACACGCCCGAGCAAUGGGGCGUGCACAACCUCGACAUGGGACGUCGGAACUCGGACGGCGCCGUGUGGCAGCUUUACGAUCCGGCGAAGAAGGGGUACGUGGUGCCAUGGGAUAUCCGGAACGUCGUGGGGGGUUCGGAGACAGGCGCCAGCACGAAGAGGGAACCUGAGAACGGCUUCAGCAGUCCCGAUUUAAAGACUUUGCUUGCUAGGACUGCCUCGGCGCCUACCCGCACACCUACGAGAGACGUCGGCGGGGACAAGGAGGGCGGGAACAAACUCUCCACGGGCGCCAUCGCAGGCAUAGCUGUCGGAAGCGCCGUGGGAGCCAUCGUGCUCCUCUCUGCCUGCAUCUUCAUCAUCCGCAAGAGACGCGCGGCGGGCAACAAGCCCGAGAUGGCAAUGUCCCCCGGCGGUGGCGGAGGAGGACUAGGACCAGGACCCCACGGCUACCCAUCUCCUUACUACGAACCCGUCAGCGCCUACCCCAACAGCCCACCCCCUCACUCCUCCCACUACAACCAAUACAACCUCCCCGUCCCCGUCCAAUCCUCCCCCAUCGAACUCGCCGCCUCCUCCCCACACCCACCAACGACGCCGGGCCCCUACGAAGCGACUGCGACGCCCGAUUCUACGCACGCCAAAGUCGACCACGGAUCGUGGACGCCGGAUCAUCACCGGUCGUACUCGACGCUACAGGCGCACUCGCCGAAUCCUACGAGUCCCGGGGCGUAUACGGCGUAUACGACUAGCUCGGGGUACGGGGAGGCGGCGCACGAACUUAGUGCAACGCCGGGGUUUGAGAGGAGGAGGGAAAGGGGUAGGGAUAGGGAGCCGGGGAGGGUUCACGAGACGUAUUAUCAUGCAUAA